UGUGCAAGUUUCAAUCUGCUCUGUUUUAAUUAAUAUUUUUUAACUAAAAUCAUUACGAAAAAGUCGGCAAAUCAUGCUAGAAGAAGAGAAGAAAACUUAUCGAAAGCAGAAAAGAUUUGCCGCACGUCUUAAAAGUUCUAAGGGAAUUAUUUGCACAGAGAAACCGAAUCGCAAUGUUGUUCUGUGCAACGUAGGUAAAGCUACGGGUUUAGUAAAAGAAGAUGUUCACGAUCUAAUAGCAAAAACUUUACCAAACUUAGCCCUACCUAAGUUGAUAGCUGAAAAGGGUGAAACACAUUCGUUUUUAGUAUUUAAUAGUGACGAUGAUGCGGCGUUAUUCUACAAAGAAUGUAAUGGGAAAAUUAAACUCCAUGGAACUCCAAUUUACAUGAACUUUGUUGAAAAUGUUCCAAACCUCGAAGUGAUUUGCAAACACGACCUUCCCGAGGGCCUGCUAAUUCUCAAUGACUUCAUCACUCCAGCAGAAGAGGAUUUAUUUCUUAAGCUCUUUAAGUUUGAAGAAUCCAGUAACCUGAAGAACCGACAAGUGGCUCACUACGGAUAUGAGUUCAGAUAUGGCAGCAAUGAUGUGGAUUUGUCGGCUCCGCUGGAACAGGCAAUACCAAAGGAAUGUGAUAUGUUGUGGCAACGGUUGAUGGAACAAGGGAUAGAGGUUGGGGUGCCUGAUCAGCUGACAGUCAACAAAUAUGAACCUGGGCAAGGCAUUCCAUCUCAUGUGGACAAGCACAGUCCAUUCGGAGACACAAUCCUGUCAGUGUCCCUUGGCUCCUCGGUGGUAAUGGACUGGAAACACCACUCUGGCAAAUCUGUGCCAGUCGUGGUGCCGGCACGCUCCUUGCUCAUUAUGCAGGGUGAGGCAAGGUACGACUGGCAGCACGGCAUCCAACCCCGCACAUGGGACCCCGUGAUCCGCACCGAGCCCGCACGUCUAGUGACGACGGACUCGCGGCCCCGUCGCGUGCGCGUCUCGCUCACGUUCCGUUGGACGAGAAGCGGCGCUUGCGCAUGUCCCUAUCACACGCUGUGCGACAGUAGGAGUGGGACAGAGAUAGAUGCGGUGGCUAGUAGGUUGGAGGAGGUUCAUGUACAUCAAGUGUACGAGCAGAUAGCGGGCCACUUCAGCACCACUCGCCACAAACCUUGGCCCAAGGUGGUAGAGUUCAUGCUUGGAGUGCCGCAGGGCUCCGUAGUUCUGGAUCUGGGCAGCGGCAAUGGCAAGAACGUGCUGCUGAGGGACGACAUCCUACAGAUAGCAGGCGAGCGCAGCAGCGGGCUACUAUCUGAAUGCCACCAACGACUGAGUAAUACUGCGAAACCGAACGACUGUGUACGCCUGGACCUAUGUUCGGCACCCCUGCGGGACGCAUGCGCCGACGCGGCUAUAUGCAUCGCAGUCGUGCACCACUUCAGUAGCAAGCCGCGCCGCCUCGCCGCCAUCUCCACCAUCCACCGCGUGCUCCGCCCCGGCGGCCGCGCGCUCCUCACCGUGUGGUCCAAGGACCAGACGCGCUCCAACUACCUCGACAACACCAAGCAGGCGUCAGACGAGGCCGUCGUCAGCGUCGAGGGCGUAACCCUCCCCGUCCACCAGAACAGAACACAGUUCAAACACCAGGACCUACUCGUCCCCUGGAAACUUAGAAAUAUUAAGGAUAACAAACUUUCCGACGCACAAAAUACCCUGCUGAGAUACUAUCACGUUUUUGAAGAGAGCGAACUUGACGGGUUGUGCGAGGAAGUGGGGUUCGUCCUUGAGAAAAGCUUCUACGAGGAAGGGAAUUGGUGUGUUAUAUGCAGAAAGAAAUAAAUGUUUAUUUAUCUU